GCAAACCUCACGAAACUCCGAAGCCGUUUAGCAAACUUCUGGGCUGGAAGAGAGAAGGAUUAAAACGCUGAAGAGAAAAAGGCAUUGUUGGUAUGAAGUAUUGCUUCUAUAAACAGACAAUGGAUUCAGCCUCGACAACAAUAACAGCUGUCACUGCGUUAUGUGCGCUGUGGACAUAAUACUUACCUCCUGGUUGGAAAAGAACGAUGAGCUUUAUGUGGACCUGCGCAACAGAGCUCGCUGACAAUGGACCCCGAUAAUAACUCCGCGGCCUCCCUCGAGGAUGUGAUGGCCAGCUCUGCAGAAAAUUCCACCGCGAUGCGCGGCAGCUGGGAGGAAGAAGCUCGCCUGUGGCUGAGGAUCUCGGUGUCUGUGUUGUUGGGCGUCAUCACCCUGGCCACCAUCCUUUCCAACUCGUUCGUGCUGGUCACCAUUUGCCUCACCAGGAAGCUGCACACCCCUGCCAACUAUCUCAUUGGGUCCCUGGCGGUGACGGACCUCCUGGUGGCGAUUAUGGUGAUGCCCAUCAGCAUUGUCUACACCGUCAUCAAGGCAUGGUCCUUGGGGCAGAUAAUGUGCGACAUCUGGCUGUCUUCCGACAUCACGUUCUGCACCGCGUCCAUCUUGCACUUGUGCGUGAUUGCGUUGGACCGAUACUGGGCCAUCACCGACGCCUUGGAAUACACCAAGCGCCGCACGCCGGGGAGGGCAGGCCUGAUGAUAGCAGUGGUGUGGAUCAUCUCUAUCUCCAUCUCCAUACCGCCACUGUUCUGGAGGCAAUCGAAAGCCCUGGACGAGCUCAAAGAGUGCAUGGUCAACACCGACCAGAUAUUCUACACCAUCUACUCCACGUUCGGGGCCUUCUACAUCCCCAGCCUGCUGCUGAUUGUGCUGUACGGCAGGAUUUACCUGGCCGCCAGGUCGAGGAUUCAGAAGCCGCCCUCCGCCUUUGGGAAGCGCUUCACCACCGCGCAGCUAAUCAGUGGGUCCACUGGGUCUUCGCUGUGUUCGGUUGGCUUCACCAGCCAGGAGACCCUCCCUCACCCCGGCGAAUCGCCCGUCUACCUGAACCACGUCAAGAUCAAGGUUUCGGACAGCGUGCUGGAGAGGAAGAGGAUCUGCGCAGCCAGGGAGAGGAAGGCCACCAAGACCUUGGGGAUCAUCCUGGGCGCUUUUAUUUUCUGCUGGCUCCCGUUCUUCGUAGUGACCUUGAUAAUCGGCACCUGCAAAGAGGCGUGCCCGUUCCACCCAGUCCUCUUUGACCUCUUCACGUGGCUGGGCUACUUAAAUUCCCUCAUCAACCCAGUCAUCUACACGGCUUUCAACGAGGACUUCAAGCGAGCCUUCCAGAAGCUCGUGCACUUCAGAAGAUGCUGACGGAAAGGUGGCCCCCGUGGGGGUAGUGCGUUCGUCUGCCGCCACCGAGGUCACGGUCGAAUUGGGAGUGAGCAAUGCACUGUGACCUUUUAGUGUCAUUUAUUCGUCCGGUUUGUGCAUAUUGUGUGUUUUAGCACUUAAGUUUCCCCCCCACCCCUCCCUCUGCUUUGAGGGAAACUUCCACAUAGAAUCUUCAAUGCACCUAUCAAGUAGACGUCAAGCUGUGAGGUUUUGUUAGGCUUUUGUGCGUAAGUGUGAUUAGGAAAAAUAUUCAUUAGAAUAUCAAAAAAAAGUGACAUUCUAAAAUUGCACUACAUGAAACUAGGAUUUCAAAUAUUUAUUAAUUUUAUUGAUGGUCUUUUAAUGCACAUAUUAAAUUUGCCAUCUGUGGAAA